CAAACAAGCGGCAACAUACUAAACCGACCACCACACUUUCAAGUGAAGAAAUCAUCCUUGGCAAUUAAGAGAAAAAAUGGGACAAGUGUUUCUGCUGAUGCCAGUCUUACUGGUCAGUUGUUUCCUGAGUCAAGGGGCGGCGAUGGAAAACCAACGGCUCUUCAACAUCGCAGUCAACCGGGUGCAACACCUCCACCUAUUGGCUCAGAAAAUGUUCAACGACUUUGAAGGCACCCUGUUGUCUGAUGAACGCAGACAGCUGAACAAGAUAUUCCUGCUGGACUUCUGUAACUCUGACUCCAUCAUGAGCCCAAUCGACAAGCAGGAGACUCAGAAGAGUUCAGUUCUGAAGCUGCUCCAUAUCUCUUUCCGCCUGAUUGAAUCCUGGGAGUACCCUAGCCAGACCCUGACCAUCUCCAACAGCCUAAUGGUCAGAAACUCCAACCAGAUCUCUGAGAAGCUCAGCGACCUCAAAGUGGGCAUCAACCUGCUCAUCAAGGGGAGCCAGGAUGGCGAACUGAGCCUGGAUGACAAUGACUCUCAGCAUCUGCCCCCCUACGGGAACUACUACCAGAACCUGGGGGGCGACGGCAACGUCAGGAGGAACUACGAGCUGUUGGCCUGCUUCAAGAAGGACAUGCAUAAGGUUGAGACCUACCUGACCGUCGCUAAGUGCAGGAAGUCACUGGAGGCCAACUGCACUCUGUAAACGUUUUUGCAUUUUGUUCUCUGAAAUCAACUUUCUAUGAUAUUCACUCCAUUACUCGGAGCUACCAUUGAUCCAUGGACAUUUUAGAUUAGUACAUUUAUAGAAACGCUUUUUUAGAAACGGUCUUAUUUAGAUAUAUGAUUCAAGGUGGUGGUGCCAUUUAUGUAUAAAUUAAUAUUUAGGGGUGAAAUGGGAACAUGUAGAGCUCCAAUCUUUAGGUAUGUCCACAGAUGGAUAAUAUAUUUUAGAGUAAUUUCCUUUAAGUAUUUUCAUUCCUUUAUCUUUCUGUUUGAAACGAAUAGUGAUUUGUUUUCAAUAAACUUCUCUGCGGUA